GUGCGCCGGCGUGCCUCGUCAAGUCUCGCACGGCCUCCGCCCGCGCGACCCGAAACUUCUGCUUCCGCCCGUACGGCGGCCGUACCGGGCCGGUGCCCGUCUGCCGGAAGAACGCCCCGUUGACGAAGGCGUCAUUGACCGAGCGCCAUUUCCACGACGCCGACAUCGCUCGCACGCCGCCUGCGUCCAUUCGGAGCGUAGCCUUCUUGUUUCCGCCUGGCGACGCCACGUAGAGAUUGCCCUGGCUAAGGAUGAUGGGGUGCGUGCUGCCGCCGACGGCGUACUCGAGCCACCCGUCGUACAAGUUGUUCACCAAAUGCGCGUAGCCGUACCUGACCCUGCACGCAACGCAACCGAUAGAUCGCGGCUAUCGAUCAGCACUCCGCUGCAUCGAUUAUGAAAAACCGGCCAAUUAAUCAUAUGGAUCACCUGGGCAUCCGCUGGUUGCAAUUGGGGCCGAAGCGAUUGAAGGCGACGGUGACGUGCAUCGUCUUGUCCUGCACGAAGUCGUCGUUGUGGCCGAGCAGCAUCACUUUGUCGUGCUCCCUGAACCAGUUGUUGGACACCGUCACUGCAUUGGAGCCGAGCGUCACGUCGAGCAGCCCGUCCUCGCAGCUGUACAGCGUGUUGUGGUCGAUCCAAACCUCGGACGAAGACACCAGCCGGAUCGCGUCGCCGUCCUCCGCAACCAUCUCUAUCAGCUCGCCGAGCGGGUCCAUCACCUGCCCCGCCGCCUGCGCUCGUAUGUGGUGGACUUGGAUCCCGUGAAUGAUGACAUUACUCACCUGAAUUAAAGCAGAAUUCCGGCGCCGUAAGCAACGUGGACGUCGGCACCGCGGCCGUCGAUGGUGGUGAAGUUCUUGACGAGAAGAGGCCUCACCAGCUUGAUCUGCAUGCUCCCUUGGAAAGUGAUCCACACCUUCCCCGGGAGCACGGUCGCGCCGUAGCGCAGCGUGCCAGGGCGGGGACGCACUGGGUCGUCGCUGGAGUCGGUAACCGUGUACCGCCGCAGACCGCGGCCGACGUUGUGGUGCAUGGGGGCUGCGAAGCCGACGGCACAUCGGGCGAGGCGUUGCCUGUCGGCCGCCCAGUGGCGGUCGCGCCGCCAGCACCGGUCGACGACGUUCAUGCGCCUCGCCGCGCAAGCAUUGCAAAUGAAGACCAGAACGAGGAAGGAGAGCAGGAUGCUCUUCUUGGCGGAGAAGGAAGUCGAAGCCAUUGCUGGCCUUGUGACUAAUGCCGGAUUCGAGAAUUCUUGGAAGAUUGGAGAUGGAAUGAGCUUCGGGCGCUGUGCUCGAAACCAGUGGUAGACAGGGAGAAGGAAGUUGCUCUUGCUGUUUGUUGGACAUGGCUAUAAUUGCAUGGGCAUUGAACGUGAUGGACCUAAUUUAGUUUGCAAUCUUUCAAUUUCGACAGAUAUUUUUGAACUAUCUUCGGUUCUUCUCCGUCGACGUUCGAAGGGGAGGCCCGUCGCCGGCGGGGAAGCAAAGAUCCGCCGCGAUAGAAAUUGGGCCACAGUUGAUUCGAUUGGAUCUAUAAAUGGGCCUAAAUUGGGCCCGUUAAGAGCUUGGCCUAGUCGUCUCGUCGUAUUGGUACACAUUUGUGGCGCCAAGUUCAGUAGGCUUCCCGGCAAUUACUGCAGCCGUCCGAUGAGUCCAUCGACGGUCAGGAAUCUCGAUCCGCGGCCCUUUCCCCCCAAAAUUUCCCAAUUCCCACGCGAACUGCUCAGGCGCGCGAAUUGGAAAUGCGAAAUCUCCUCUUUUCCCGCCUAACAUUUCCUUCCUUUAUAGUCUCUUCUAGAUCGGGCUGUUGGUUCUUGCGCUGUUGUUUUCGUUUCGUUCCUGAUCUCUCUCGGUCUUCACACAGUCGCCGUCGUGUUCAGGAAGGGGAGCAAUGGCGAAGGGUUCAUCAAAGGCUAAUCCGCCGAGGCCGAGGAAAAGGGUGGAAGCAGACACUAACACGUUGAAGCGUGCGAGGGAUGGAAGCGCCUUCACAAGAUGCGAAGCGUGCAAAAAGGAUGUGGCAGUCGUGCUCAUCGACAUGCACAGUUGCAGUCUCGAUUCUAAGAUCAAAAUGACGCUUGAAUCUCAAGUUGUGGAAAAAACAGUGGAGGCGACGAAGCCUGCAGAGAAGAAGAGAGCUGCCUUGACGGAUAGGGAGAAGAAGCCAAAGAAGGCAAAGAAGUCCAAAGAAUCUAGUGGUCGCAAGCGACCUCCCACAGCCUUCUUCCUUUUCAUGGAUGAUUUUAGGAAGUCAUUCAAAGAGGCUAACCCUGAUAAUAAGAGCGUGUCUUUGGUUGCCAAGGAAGGUGGUGAAAAGUGGAAAUCUAUGUCGGAAGAAGAAAAGAAACCUUAUGUUGAAAGAGCUGCAGAGCUCAAAGCAGAAUUUAAGAAAGCAGUAGAAGAGGACAAUCUAGAAGGUGAGGAGGAAGCAGGUGAGAAGCAGGAAGAAGAAACCAAUCAAGAAGAAGAGGAGAAGGAAGCUUCUGCCAAAGAAGAAGAGGAACUAGAAGAUGAAGAUUAAUGAAUUCUGGCCACAAUUACAGCAACAUGGACUCUGAUCUCUUUAUGUAAAUUUUAAGAAAUUCAGUUCAUAGUGAACUGCUGAAAAUGUUGUUCAUCUCCUUCACUUCUUGAGACAGUUUGUUAAAUUGUCUUGUUUGAUUUGAACAAUGUUAUGUGAUCUUUUGCUUAUCUAGUAUGAUGAUUUCUUAAUUUAA